CAUGUUCAGUGCCGUGAGAGGUGUCGAGGCGACCGGACCAGCGGCACCAUCACCACCACUUUCACCGCCAACACACCCACGCAGCUCGGAGGCACGCACACCGCGAGGCGCCGCCACCACCACCACUGCCACCACCGCCACUGCCACCAUCACAUCUACACACAGACAGAGAGGAGUGGAGAACAUACGACUCGAAGUUUAGUUUCUACUGCCUCGCCGCUGCCACCAAGUGCCACAAGAUGAGGUGGCGUCCACUCUGGAUAACACUAUUGGCACUCCUCACUCUAAUGAGUGUAACAAUGGCCUCUCAGACCAUUGGCACAGGGAAGCGGGGGCAACUCUCAGGGCGGUACAAGGGUAGGAAAAAUUUCAAGCCCAUUACCGGCACGUACCCUUCAGUUGAGGCCAAGAAUUACUACACCAACCCUAAGGGAGCCAAGAUCACAAAGGCUUCUCACUUCAACUACCAGUACGUGUUGGGCCACAAGAUAGUGUUCCUGUGUGUGGCCAAGGGCAGCCCACUCCCCCAGAUCACAUGGUUCAAGGAUGGGGUGGAGCUCUAUGCUCACAGGUAUAUGCAGCUACAUGAAUGGAAGAAAGGAAACAAGCUCAAGAGCAAGAUGGAGAUUGACCCAGCUACUCAGGCUGACGCUGGCAUCUACGAAUGCCACGCCAACAAUAAAUACGCAGUGGACACCAAAGCUUUCCGGACAACCUAUAUCGCACAGUUCAACUAAAGUUAUCUUAGAAAGAGUCACAUGUUGAGUAAAAAGUAUCAAUAAGAUGUAUUACACUUGACCAUGAAGCAUUUACUGUCUAAACUUUUCUAUUGUAAAUUGAUGCCUUCAGAAAGCAACCCAUUCUACUGUAAAUGCUUAUUCUACAACUAAUCCAUCACUAACUAUUAAUUCCACAUUUCUGGAUAGGAACUGGUGAGGAUCACUCCUCUCUCCCCUUGAGGCCUGUAGAUGUGAGGGAAUGCUUGUGAAUGUGAUUGUGAAUAUGAAUGUAUGCAUGUAAAGGAUGUCUUGUCCUGGCUAUGCCCACUGAAGUGAUGUCAGUCUGACAUGUAGAUAGAACCAUGAGAGCAUGUACAGAGGAUAGUCAGUCUUACGUACCUGUGUUAAAAUACUACACUGAUUUUCAUAGAUGAGGGACCAAACAGCAGCAGUGUUAUCUCAGGAUUGUUGAAUUAUAUACAAGUAUGUAACAGAGAACUAAAACAAAGCAGCUUCAGUAGUUCUGUGCAAUUAGUUCAGAUUACAGGUUUUACUACAGUAUGGAGAAAAGUUAGAAAAAUUGUCCUGCAAGGCAGUAGCAGGUAACUGAUAUUACUUGUUAAGGAAAAAAUGCAAUGAAUGAUGCAUGCAUGUUAGAAAACCUGUCCAGAGGAAGCAGCUUCAUGGUAUAAGUUUUAUAGGUGGAUAUAAACGACUAUGAGCUCAACACAUAUACGUACUUCUUUGUCAACUUUAAAUCCAGCUGUUGUAAUAUAGGAAAUGUUUAUUCUAUAUUUAUAUAUGCCAGGCACUACUAAAGGGAGAAAUCUUUUUGUGAUAGACAUUAUGAUGUUUUUGGUGUUUGGGACCUGAAGAUUUUAGGCAAAAAUGUACAUCAUUACUGUUCUUGUGUUCACUUGGAGAAUUCUUUAAAAUACCAAAGCAAUAUUUACUUAAAAUUAUGCAAAACUUCUACUUAGAUAGUUUGUGAUGUUAAUGUUCAAUGAUCUAAUCCAGUUUUAUGAGAACAGGUGUGUGGUUUAAUUUUUUAAAGAAAUUAAAUCCUUUCACUUCAAUCACUUUAUGCAUCACUUGUAUUGUUAUCACAUACACUAAUACUGUUAGUAUAAAUCUUGCGCAACACAACAUAACCUGCUUCUGUAUAGUAAUUUCUUUUAGUAUGACUCCAUUGUCCCUGAGACAUGGGGAUCUAGAAUACAUGUCUCUGUAUUCCCUGCAUGUUGUAAGAGGCAACUAAAUGGGACAUCAAUGGAGGGCUGGGAACCCUUCUCUGUAAGCUUUAUACUUCAUCAAAACAAAACAAAACGAAAAAAAAAAAAAAAAAAAAAAAAAAGUCUUUAAUAUCCUUUAACAUCACAGAACCAGGAAUUACAAAUACAUAGUACAAAAAAUCUUUGGACCCAGAAAUUCUCUCUGACUUCAUAGAAGGAGGGUUUUGGACUUAUAAAUGCUGCUUUACUUUUUUUUUUUAAGGGAAAAAGAUGUUACAUAUGUCAGAAAUGCUGUAAUGCUGGCAGCUUGCUCAAAAUCAUGAGAUUACUAAAACAUAUCACUAAACUGUUUCCUAAUUGAGAUUUGUAAUAUCAUAUUUUGUUUCUAUCUGCCAAAAUCAACUUCAGUAUUUACACAAUUCCAUUAAAUUCAAUUCAAAUGCAACUUUAUGCAUUCAUGUCUGAAAAACAGAUAUAUUGCUUUUAUGGAACAGUGCACACUACUUCACAAUAUAACAAAAAGGCUAAAAAAAACUGUGCUAUAGCAUUUAAGAAUGACAAUUUUUUUUUCAUGAUUACUGCAAGUCAUUAAAGGCAUUAUAGAAAGAAAUCUGUUUGUUCUGAUCAAGAACCUGAAGACAUUAUUGGUUUUGAAAACAAUAAUCAGAGCUGCUAAAGAAAUGCAGAAGCAAUGACAGCAUAUGAUUACCAUGAGGUCCUGUACAUACUGUAAAACCACAACAUUCUUGCUUAUGUAUAGAAAACACUACUAGCAUGCCCAUAAAUUUCAGUAAAAAAACAAUACAUCACUGUGCUUUUUUUUUCCCAGGAAAAGUGAUGACCAGCACUCCUUGGUGCUUGUAGUAUGUUUACUAGUACCAUAGUAAAUAAAAGUUUGCAACUUGA